AUGCUCGCCUCGCGCUGGACGGCAGCAGCAGUGAGAGCUCGACCGCGGCUCCGUCGCACCCCGAGGCCAGCGGCACCCCACCCCGUCUCGGCAAGGCGCUCGUUUGCCAACAACCUGGGCUACGAUUACUCGCAGAACCCGGUCCCUGUCAUCCGUCCGCUCAUCUGGGCCGCCACGGCGGUGGGGACUAUCUACUUCACAUGUGCCGCCUUCGACGUCUGGCAGGAUAUCAGGACGUUCCGGGAGGAGGACCGCCGCAGCCUCACUUUUGACGAGCUCGAGGCCGAGCACGCGAAGCAAUGGAGGCGCAAGGCCGUGUCGCAGUCCAUCUUCACGCCGGGGCCCAUCGCGGCGGGCUCACCGAGGAGUGUCUGGGAUAACCUGAGCGGCCCGUCCAAGAUAAUGGCGGGCAUGACUUUGCAUACUGGCACCAUUCACCUGGCCGUGAACAUGCUAGGCCUUCUCAACCUUGGUCCACCCAUGGCUGCGAGCCCACCAAUCUCUGGAUCCGGCAGCCACUUCCUCGCCUUCUAUCUCUCAACCGGCGUUCUCUCCUCCCUCGGAGCCCAGGCCGCCGCACUCGUAUUCAAGCAGGCCAGGUACAGCUUCGGCAUUGGCGCCUCCGGGGCCGUCCUGGGCGUGUUCUCUGCAUGGGCCGUGGGCAAUCCAGAAGCUAGGGUCCGCAUCUUCCCAUUUCCCUGGGUGUUCAAUGCCAAAAGCCUGGUGGAGUGGGAGGUGGCGUUCGAGGCCCUUGGUGUGCUGGGCGUCUGGACCGCGCUACGAUUACCGAUCCGGUUUGGCCACAGCGUACAUCUUGCUGGGAUCGGCGUUGGAGCUGCUUAUGUCACGUACGACAAGAAUGCACAGUUAUGGGCUACGUCGAGGAGGGCGGCUUUCAGGUCCAUGAAGCUUGUUGGCCUUGUUUGA